CUUGUGUACGAGCCUCACAGAUAAUGAUUCUCAAAGAUCUCGAUCAGCUUUCCCAGCCGGAUCUCCAAAUCUGGUCUGUCCAAGUUUAGAUGAUUUACAACAGUUUGUUGUAAACAAAUCUGCAAGUGUUUUAUGUGUAAGUUUAGAUAAUGAAUUAGGACCGCAUGUUACGACCAAGACUUCAAGUUCCGCAGGUCAGAAUCUCGACCAGGAGCUUCAGCCAUAUGUAACUGUCAAAUCUUCAAGUGUCAUUUGCCAAAGUUUGGAUGAUGAGCUGCGACAGUUUGCCUACCCCAAGCCCGCAAGUGUCUCGUGUCAGAGCCUAGCCACAGAUUCAGGAGGGACUCGACCAACCGUGACCAAUGACACUAGGAGCUUCUAUUAUAAAAAUGCAGACGAUAAAUCACAAACGCACAAUCAAACAGACAUACAUUCGUUGUUUAUUUCCGAGGAUGCUGCGACACUUUCCUAUCAACAAGAAAUGAAUCGUUCUUCAUCAACGUCUGCUCUCGGGACACUGGGAAAUGCGAACGGUGAACAGUUUCCAAACAAAACUGACGUUUCUGGAUUCGCUCAUUCGGUCAGAUCUAAUGAACAAGUCGCGUGCAGUUGUCCUCCUUGUGCAGGGGAUACGACUGACAUCGCGGACAGUUUUACUUUCAGCCAGACGAUCAAGAGUUCAAAUUUGGCCGGAGACUUGGUUUCUGCAGUUGUGCAAUGUGACAGUGCUGACUUCCCGUCACCGGCCGCAAACGAAACCGUGUCUGCCAGUGCGCAGUGUGAAAGCCGGUAUUUCUCAUUUCUGGACAUCCGGUCGCGAAGCAGUGACAGUACGUUUUAUAUAGGAGAUGUUUCUCCGAAGCAGCAAAAAUCAGCCGGUGUCCAAAUAUCUAUUAAGGAAUGGCUUGAUUCGGAUGACCAAAGUGUCGAUAUGGACUCGACCCUGUCAUCGAUUGGUGACUUUCAGUCUGAAAGUAUUCACUGCCCGAGUAGCGGGCUUAAUUCCGAGGUCAUAAGCAAAACACUCAAACGUGAUCCCGCUUCCGAAUUUGAAACCGCUUGUGUCCAUUCUGCUCCGGUUGAAGUAACGUCAGGGGAUAAUAUCUAUGUGAUGUCUUUCAGCAUUCAAGCAGGCGAAGACUUGGUCAAGGAUGCGGGAACCUUAUGUUCAUUAAGCUCUUUAAAGGACCUAACAAUUAAUGGUAGCUUGUCCCAAGUCUUCGACGAUUCUUCAAAUGUGAAAACCAUCAACAAGCACAGGUCUUCGGAAUAUGUAAGCCUGACUACAGGUGACCAACGUAAGAUAAGUGAGUCUAUUUUAAACAGCCAUGAAGCAGGUGUUGCCUUUAUUGACCAUUGCCUAGAGGAUUUGCCUUCCAUUAAGAAUCGCGAUGAAAGUCUAGGUGUUGUUUUAACAGACCAGAUACAAAGAAGUCUGCCUCUUUGUGAUCAAGAUCAACAUACUUUAAUUUCUUCUAACCAGUGCGAGGAAAAUGUGGCUCUACUUAACAAACCUAAUGAAGGUUUGGCUGCUCAUUAUCCUCAAACUUUAACUGGCCAUCAUCAGGAAAGUUUGGCCUUAAGUGACCCGUAUCAGAAAAGUUUGGCCUUCAAUGAACAGCCUCAUCAAAGUUUGGCUUCAAGUGACCACCAUCAGGAAAGUUUUGCUUUAAGUGACCACCAUCAGGAAAGUUUGGCCUCAAGUGACCAAGAUCAGAAAAGUUUUGCCUUAAGUGACCACCAUCAGGAAAGUUUGGCUUUAAGUGACCACCAUCAGAAAAGUUUGGCUUUAAGUGACCACCAUCAGAAAAGUUUGGCUUUAAGUGACCACCAUCAGGAAAGUUUGGCUUUAAGUGACCAAGAUCAGGAAAUGUGGGCUUUAUGUGACCACCAUCAGGAAAUUUUGGCUUUAAGUGACUACCAUCAGGAAA